UCUCCACGAAUCAACGUGGAUUGGCUCCUUGGCUCACUUUACAAAGUUUUAAAAUUAUUCUAAAAAGUUAUAUACACUCAUUUAUAUACAAUGUAAAUGAACGUUUCGUUUAAGGGGGACAUAGCCUACCUGUAAUAGGCUGUUUUCUUUUUUCGUGUGUGUUUUUUUUCUCCCAGCGGGUGAAGAGUGGCAACUCGCAGCGACCUGUUAUCCGAGAAAUUUGGCAAGAUGGCAGCGCCCUGCGAGAAAGACGUGACUGUGAAAUUUAUUGGUGACGAAGAAGCUUUACAGCACAUCACUCAUGUAGAUGAUUCAAAACUUUAUCAAACACCGAGAAGGUCCAUUCUCUCAGUGGGGUCACAUGGGAACAGGAAAUCUGCAAAGAAAUCGGUGAGCUAUGCCUCUAAGCUGGAAGAAGAGGAAGAGCUAAGCAGUGAGGGAGAGAGUGAAGUUUUCAGGCCAUCCGAGGUGUUGACAGAGGUCGGGGGAUGACAUUCUGACCAGAGAUGUGUUCAGUUUCAGAACUACCAAGAAGUCAGGGCAAAUGUCACAGAAAGCCUUAGAGGUUUCAACGCCAAAAACCACACCAUUAAAGCAAUCAGGGAAGGGGAUAAGAACGCCAAAAUCUUCCACUAAAUCCCAGAAGACACCAAAAUCUGGUAAAAAAUCCACAGACUGCACUGAGAAUAAAGACACUGUGAUCAGCACCCCAAGAACAAAGAGACAAGUCCGCAAGCUGGAGAUCACAACACCAUACAGACUAAAGAAGAGAAAUGCAGCAGUUGCCACAGAAGAGCAGUCAUCUUCUGACAGUGAUGUGUCCUCAGAUGAUGAGAUCAACAGUGAAACCAGCAGCAGAGCUGAAGAUGGCAGCACUGAUAUACCUGCAGCACCACCAACUGAAGGUGGCAGCACUGCACAGUCGUCCAGUGUGAAGUCUAUUACUAAUGGUGUAGCAACUGGGAAAUCUGUGUCUUCAAAUGGGGCAAGGUCAUCAAAGUCUCGGAGAUCCAGAGCAGAACCUACUAUUCACCACCAAGCUGAAGACUACUUUGUGGAGCAUGGUCAGCAGCCGGUCACCUCGGACCACACCCUGUCCAGACUAGACACGCCCCGGCUCGACCAGGAGGCUGUGGCGGCCAUGCUGCAUGACAUACCUACAGCUUACAGCCAUGAGCGGCAGAGUUUGUAUGAAGAACACAUUGAAUUGUUUCAUAGGUGGAUGUUCCAGUUACACAAUGGGUUUAACCUACUUCUCCAUGGGUUGGGCUCCAAGAGACAGCUUCUGGAAACUUUCUGUAAAUCCAUGCUCUCUGAGUUCACACAUGUAGUUGUCAAUGGAUAUUUUCCUAGCAUCACUGUGAAAAAUAUUUUAAAUACCAUAACAGAUGAAGUAUUAGACCACAAGGGUAAUUUUAGAAGCCCAAUGGAUCAACUUGACUUUAUUAAAGAAAACAUGGAGACUCAAGCUGAUGAAGAUGUCUUCCUCAUAUUACACAACAUAGAUGGGCCCAUGUUGAGAUCCGAGAAGGCACAGUCCGUCCUGAGUCUACUGGCUCAAGUCAGGGGACUUUACAUUAUAGCCUCUAUUGACCAUAUUAAUGCACCUCUCAUGUGGGACCAGACCAAAGUCAGUCGGUUCAACUGGUUAUGGUAUGACACCACCACUUAUCUUCCCUAUGUGGAGGAGACAUCGUAUGAAAACUCGUUACUGGUGCAGCAGUCAGGUGCUCUUGCUCUGAGCUCGUUAACCAACGUGAUGCAGAGCUUGACUCCCAAUGCCAAGAAGAUUUUCAUGAUUGUUGUUCAGUAUCAGCUUGACAGCCAGGACAACCCUGCUUACAUAGGUAUUUCCUUUCAAGAUUUGUAUCAGAAGUGCCGAGAGGCAUUCCUCGUCAAUAGUGAUCUCACUUUAAAAGCACAACUUACAGAAUUCAGAGACCAUAAGUUGAUCAAAUCAAGAAAAGGUAUUGAUGGUAUUGAGCACCUCUUCAUACCACUUGAUGCUGCCACAUUAACUGACUUCACUGAACAGCUGGAAGAGUCUUGACGAUACAAUGGACUUCCUAGCAGCUGCAUUGUUCACUGUUUUUUCAUAAUUUUAAUUAUGACCCUUAGCUAUUAAUUAAAACCCUUUACAAACAUGUUAUAUAUGUCAUUGGUGAAACCUAAGGACAUGGCAUGCAUGCCACCCAAAUAUCUCUUCUGAUUAUUUUUUUUUACUGGCAAAUGUGUCCAGUGAAUUACUUUUGUAGUAUCUUGUGGUACCUUGUCUUAUUUAUCUUUUCCAGACAGUUUGUGGUACAUUUAUUAUGCAAUUUCUGCACUGUAGUAAGCAUAAAAUAAUAAGUUGCCAGUGAUAAUGUAUAAGUAUUGGAACAUUGAGGGACCUCUCACCUUUUAGCAUGUCAAUUGGUCCCAAUUGGUCAUCAAUUUCAAAUGCAUCCCUAGGCUAGAAGAAUGAGAGGGAGGGGGGAGGUUUUUGUAACUGCUAAUUUUAUCCCUCAUUCGCCCAGUGACCUGCGUUGACAGUGCAGGGCAUUAAGAGCCUUUAUCAGAAAAUCAUCCAUUGCUUUUGCAGCAAAUGAUAGGAAAUCUCUUCAUUGGCAAGUUAUUUAAAGAUAUAACUGCUGCAGACUUUUUUAUUGAAAUUGAAUAUUAAUGGAAUUACGUUUUUGUUUUGAAAUACCGUGAUCCUAAAUUCAUGGUUGAAUUUCUUUGCAUCAGGAAGUCAUCAUUUUUGUUAAAGGUACAGAGGUCAAAGAUGUAACACUAUUUUCAUAAGAGUAUAUAUUUUUGAAAUA